AUGAAGUUCCUCAGUCUUUUCAGCGUCGCUCUUUUGUCUGCAAGCGCCUCGGCGCGCAGUCUCAGCUUCAUGGGCAGCGACUCGCAGCACGCGCUCGAAGAGGAGUUCCCCGUUCCAGGCGACAACCCUCUGCUCUUCUGCGCCGCCCCCAAGGACAACAUUCUCGCCAUUGAGAAGGUCGACCUGUCUCCCAACCCUCCCUCUGCUGGCGUCACUCUGUCCAUCAAGGCAUCUGGUGUUCUGUCCGAGGACAUUGAGGAGGGCGCAAAGGUGCACCUGCAAGUCAAGUAUGGUUUGAUCCGCAUCAUCAACCAGGAAGCCGACUUGUGCGACAACCUGAAGAACGUCGAUCUCGAGUGUCCUCUGAAGAAGGGUCCCAUGGAGUUGACCAAGGAUGUCGAUCUUCCCAAGGAGAUUCCUCCGGGCAAGUACACUGUGCUCGCCGAUGUCUACACCAAGGACAACGACAAGAUCACCUGCUUGACCGCCACCGUCAUCUUCAAGAGAGGCGGUGCCGUCGAGGUUGUCGCCUAG